UGGACACGUAAUCUACAAAACCACCAGUAUGAGCUGCCCUGAGAGUAUAAAAGAGUAGUGGACAGAGGUUGCUCAGGCAGAACGCUUUGAGGAGACUGCAGACAUGCUCAGGUUUCUUUUGUUGACCUCCCUCGCAGCCCUGGUGCUGGCUGAGCCCCAGCCCAGGUACCUGGAGGAUGCCAUUGGUGAGGAAAGGGUUGUGGGAGGAGAGGUGGCCAGACCUAACUCCUGGCCCUGGCAGAUCUCCCUUCAGUACAAAUCUGGAAGCUACUACUACCACACCUGUGGAGGAACCCUGAUCAGGAGAGGAUGGGUCAUGACUGCUGCUCACUGUGUGGACAGUUCCAGGACUUGGCGUGUUGUUCUUGGAGAUCAUGACAUCAACAACCACGAGGGAAAAGAGCAGUACAUGAGCGUGAGCAGGGUCUACAUCCACCCCAACUGGAACUCCAACAGCGUCGCCGGAGGUUACGACAUCGCCCUGCUGCGUCUGUCCUCUGACGCGGUCCUCAACAACUACGUCCAGCUGGCAAAUCUGCCUCCCUCUGGCCAGGUUCUGCCCCACAACCACCCCUGUUACAUCUCUGGAUGGGGACGCACUCAGACCGGUGGCAGCCUGUCUGCUCAGCUGAAGCAGGCCUACCUGCCUGUCGUUGACCACAACACUUGCACCAGCUACGGAUGGUGGGGCAGCACUGUGAAGAACACCAUGGUCUGUGCUGGAGGUGCCAGCGAAUCUGGCUGCCAGGGUGAUUCUGGUGGCCCCCUGAACUGCAGCGUCGACGGCAAGUGGGUGGUCCACGGAGUGACCAGCUUCGUGUCUUCUCUCGGCUGCAACACCUACAAGAAACCUACCGUUUUCACCCGUGCUUCUGCUUACAUCAGCUGGAUGAACGGCAUCAUGGGUUAAGAAGAGGAGCGAUCAAUGUGGGAAUAAGAGAACAUUCUUUAUUCUUUUCUCAUGUUAUCAAAAUAAAAGUCAGAAAAAAUGGCACCAUCUACUGUA